CAGCAGCAGCAGCAGCAGCCCGGCCGCCGCCUCCUCUCCUCGCAGCCUGGCUCCUGCCUCUGCGCUUCUCCGCGCGUGAGGGGCCCCGUCUCGCCAGGUGCCCGGAGGGAGGCGCAGGCAGGGAGCGCACCAGCCGCCCCGGGGCCGGGGAGCUGCGGCCACUUGUUGAGCCAGCCGGGGUCCCUCGGCCCCGCGCCUCCAGCUGCGGCGCUCCGGGCUCGGCGCCCGGGCACUGAGGUUGCCCCCGGGAAGCUCCCGCUGCGCGCGGCUGGAAGGGCCCCAGCCAUGGCCAAGGACCAGCUGAAGCCCCGGCUCUGCCACAUGAUCAAGGGGGAGAGCGGCUACGGCUUCCACCUGCACGGCGAGAAGGGCAAGAGCGGCCAGUUCAUCCGCAAAGUGGAGCCCGGCUCCCCGGCCGAGGCGGCGGCGCUGCGCGCUGGGGACCGGGUGGUGGAGGUGAACGGGGUGAACGUGGAGAAGGAGACGCACCACCAGGUGGUGCAGCGCAUCAAAGCAGUGGAGUCUGAGACCUGCCUGCUGGUGGUGGAUAAGGAGACAGACGAGUACCUGUGCAGCCUGCGGCUGACGUGCACUGAGCAGAUGGUGCACACCGGCAUCCAGGUGAACUCCAGCACAUCGCCAGCCAAAUCGCCUGGCAGCGACAAUGGAGACGUUUGGAAACCGCAGCUGGAUCUGAGCGGCGGGAGCCUCCGGAGUCACUCGUCGCACAGCUUCACCUCAGAGAGCGGGAAGAAGGAUGUCAAUGGACCAACACAGGAGCUGCGUCCGCGUCUCUGUCACCUUAAGAAAGGCCCCAGUGGCUACGGGUUCAACCUCCACAGUGAAAAGUCCAGACCAGGGCAGUUCAUCCGUUCGGUGGAUCCCGAUUCACCGGCCUCUAAGGCGGGCCUCCGACCCCAGGACAAGCUUGUCGAGGUGAACGGGAUAAAUGUGGAAGGCAUGAAACACUCCGAGGUUGUGUCAAACAUCAAGGCCAAGGAGAACGAAGCCAAGCUCCUAGUGGUGGAUCCCGAAACGGAUGAAUACUUCAAGAAACUGGGGAUAAUCCCCACGGAGGAGCACAUCAAAGGUGGAGUGCCUCACCCUAUUACUAACGGGUCUGCACAAACCCAGCUGAACGGAGGAUCCAUGUCUUCAUCCCAUAGUGAUCUCCAAAGUCCUGAGAAAGAAUCAGAGGAGGGAGAGUCUAAGAAGGACCCAUUUGAGGAAAGUGGCCUGAACCUGAGCCCGACUGCGGCAGAGGCCAAGGAGAAAGCACGCGCCAAGCGGGUGAACAAGAGGGCUCCGCAGAUGGACUGGAACAAGAAACGGGAGAUUUUCAGCAACUUCUGAGCUGGGACGGCAGCUCUUCCCCUUCUCCCCAACCUCCAAACUGAACAUCUCCAACGCGCACCAGCCCCAUUCCUGGCUGUUGACCCAAGACGCUUUGUGCUCUGCUCUUUAUUGGUUGCUUUUUGCAAGGCAAAUUUUUUAAAAGGGUCGUUUAUGGACAAGUGAUUCCAAUAGAAAGAUGACCAAAGCUCCUCCCAGCACAUACCCAGCUGCCUGCGGUUCCCACAUUGCUGCUGAAGAAAGACUGGAAAGAUUUCAGCUUUGCUUCUUACCUGCUUUAUUUCAGUUUUUACUAUUUUGAGCUUCCCUGCACCGCAGAAUCCCCGGUGGGAUAUUAUGCAUUCCCAAACUGCAAACUCUCGUUCAUUUCAAUUCAAAAUAAUCUAGUUUGUUUAAAAAAAAAAA